UUGAUCAUCUUUGUUGAUUGUCAAGCAUUUGCAACCUACUUGCGGUACAGCCGCACUUUGGGAUUUGAAGACACUCCUGAUUACGGACAUCUUCGACAGCUUUUUCGAAACCUCUUCCAUCGACAGGGUCUCCGCUACGACUACCUCUUUGAUUGGAAUCUGCUGAAGUUUUCAUCAUCCUCACGUAAUUUUACUGCCGAUUUUCCUGUUUCUCAUGUAUAG